ACUAACCCACACAGAGAAUUGUUGGCAUCCUAAACUCCUCUAGCUUCGUACGAUUACCAACGCCAAGUAGUAGAUUCCCAGAAAAUAAAUUUCCCGAAAGAUCCAACAAUCUUAGGGUAGCGAUUAGUUUGAAGGUUUAAAACCUCCAAACCACUAACACACUUGAAACUGGUCCAACUAUCGGCGAUGUCAGACAUUUUGUUAUAAAUUACUAGUUAUUCUUUUUUUUUUUUAAGGUUACAAAUUAAUUUUGAUCGAUAGUUUUUAAACGUAAUGACUGCUGAUGGCAGAAUAUGCGAGAAUUUAGAGUCCUUUUGAUGUGAAAAAGCAAUACCCAUUUACAGUCAUUUUGAUGAUGGGCGAAACUAGACCCAAUCAAAAAACGAAGAUCAUAGACCCGUUUGAAGAUGAGAAAAACAAGAAGAGAGUGACAGAUGUGAGCAGCAGCAAUGGAGAGCAAGUGUUUAAAUUUGUGGUUUUAUAAAUAUUGAUACAGAGCAAAACCCGAUGAAUCUCCGACCUCCACUCUAGCCUGCCAUAUGACUCGGAACUCUGAAACAAACUCCAAAUUUCUUUACACCACGUGCCCUUCAUUCCAAUAUUUGACCCUCCACGUUUCUUCACUCGCAAGCUUGUUUAACUUACCUUGUCACUUUCAUUUCAUUGUAAGAGAAGAUGUUCAUGGAAAUGAAAGAUCGCAUUUAUCUUUUUCGCAAUUAAGAGAGUGUAUACAGCAUUGUUUUCAGGUACACUUGAAUUGAAAAGCAAAUAUGUCACCUUCUUUCUAGGGGUUACAACGAGUAAUUUUAUUUUUUACCAGUUUUUAUCUUUUAUUUUUAUUUUUCUGUCUGUUCUUAUUCACCAUUUACAAAUUCUCUAUCUUGUUUUUGUUGUUAGUUUUGGCCCGCUUCAUCAAAAUUUAGGUUCCAUAGUUAGAAAUGGUAAUAAAUUUUGCAUCAAAGAGUGUACGGCUUAUAUUGCCUUGUACACUCUCUUCUUCCCCUUUUUCUUCAAAACCGGCCUCUUUAAUUUCCUCUUCUUUGUUGACAACUUGUACUAGAAGGAAACCACCUCUAAUUUUUCAAAAUAGGGUGACGAAUUCGGGUUUCGGGUUGUGUAAUUCUAGAGGUAAUAAUUUGAAGCGUUUUUGUAGUAUUGAGUUCGAUGAAUUUCCCGAAGAGGAGUUAUGUAAAAUGAUUGAAGGUUUGGCAGAAAAUUUUGAUGUUAUCGAUGAUGAAGAAGAAGACAAGGACAAGGACAAGGACACAGGCAAUGCUAGAACAGAAGUUUCUUGCAAUGCUCGUAAAAAAAAACAUGAAAAUGAUCAAAAAGUUAAGAUUUCAGCAGAAUUUAUGCCUUCACAGUUUGAAUUCCUUGAGCAUAAUUUGCUCGGCAUCCAUCCAGAGGCAGAGCACUGGCCGGAGAGGGAUGAAAUUAAUAGAGUGAACAUUGAAAAGAAAGCAAACUGCCUUGGCAUUCCUUUGUCCCUGAAGAUGAUAAAAAGAAAACAAAAAUGGCAACAGGGAUUUGGGGAUGCUGGGGAUUUUGCUCAUUGUUCAGUGAAGAAGGCAUUUUCUUCAUUAGUAUACAUUAUUCGAGAGCUUCAGAACUAUGCUUUACGUAUAAGGGAGAACCUAUAUUCUGAAGACUUAAAGGAGAUUAUGAGUAAAGUCCAAAGAGAAAUGAAUAUAUCAUUUGUUUGGCUCUACCAAAAAGUUUUUUCCCGAACUCCCACUUUGAUGGUCUAUGUAAUGAUCCUUCUGGCUAAUUUUACAGUCCAUUCAAUGAGCGAUCACACUGUUGUUGCUGCUACUUCACUUUCAUUCUCGUCUUGUAAGACCAUUUCAGAGGCAGAGAUUGAUAAGCAAUUGGAAGACUCAAAUUCUGAUGUGGGCAACAAUGGCGGUGGCAAAAUAGUGAGGCCAACUGUCGAUGGAACUGAAGGUGGGGAUUGGCAUAUGCGCAGAUCAUCCCCUUUUGUUGAACAGCGCAGAAUUCUUCCUGAGGUAAAUCAUGAAAUGACUGAAGAGGAGGCAGAAUUGUGGAACUCUAUGGUGGAAGAAGCCUCAAGAAUGCAAGAGGAAUCGAGACUAGAAAUUCUCCACUCUGAGACCAAGAAGUUUUUUGUGACGCCGAUAACCAUGAGGCUUGAACCAGAAGAUUAUGUGGAUUAUUUCAGAACAGAUCUCCUCUACCAGAUGGGCGUAGCUGAGGAGCCAAGUAAUUCACUUCUGCUUGGAAAUUAUGCUCAGUUGCUACAUCUAGUCGCUCAAGACUACGAUAGGGCAGAAGAGUGCUACAAGCGAGCAGUCCAGGUAGAACCACCUGACGCCGAAGCUUUAAGUAGGUUCGCUGACUUCCUGUGGACAGUAAGAAAGGACCUCUGGGGUGCAGAAGAGAGAUACUUACAAGCACUGGCAGCUGAUCCAAGUAACGCUUAUCAUGCUUCCAAAUACGCCACUUUUUUAUGGAGCACCGGCGGUGCAGACACAUGUUUUCCUCUCACCAAUUGACACCAAGAAAAGUUUACAAAAUCACAAGUUUACAACUACUUUUAAAUGGCUAAUUGCCUCUUUGUUACAUGUUGAUAAUAAUACAAAAAUUGUGCAUGGGACGUGAA